AUGUUUCUUGAGACUAUCUCUGAUCGCGUGGGGUUCGAGGUGGUGAGUGCGAGCGGGAUUGUGUUUUCAGCUGGGAUCUUUCUGGCUUCGAUUGCCAUUUACGUCCUGGGAUGUGGCAUAUAUAAUCUAUUCUUCCACCCACUCCGACACGUUCCUGGACCUCUUCUCGCGCGGGCCGGUCCUCUCCCAUAUGUAAUCAGGACGCGCAAUGGCGAACUUUCCGAAUGGAUCACGCAGCUGCACGAAAAAUAUGGAGACGCGGUUCGCGUGGCUCCGAAUGAGGUCUCAUUUACUUCGGCAGAUACUGCCUGGUCUGACAUUUACGGCUUCCGCACGGGCAAGUACAAGGGUACAGGAGCAUACCUGAAAGACCACGCGUGGUACCCCAAACCCAUCGCUGGCGUACGGUCUAUGAUCAGCGCCGACGAAGAAGCUCACUCUCGCCAGCGCCGUAACCUCUCGCACUUGUUUAGUGAAAAGUCGCUUCGACAGCAGGAAUCUCUUCUCCGAGGCUAUGUUGAUUUGCUUGUUCAGCGUAUGGGUGAGCAUGCUGCACGAGGCGAAGUCAUGGACAUUGUUCGCUGGUACAACUACACAACCUUUGACAUCAUCGCCGACCUGGCCUUUGGCGAAUCUCUCUACUGCCUGCGCGACUCGGAGAACCACGAAUGGAUUGACCUAGUCUACAGCGCGACAAGCGUGGCCAGCAUAAUGUCGACGCGCAAGUACGGCUUUGUAGGAUUCUACGAUUGGGCUCGCAACAUCUUUCAGGACACCAGGCAGAGCGAAGAGCGCCGCCGCCAAUUCAGUCUCAAAGCCUCAGCCAAAGUAUCGGAGCGCCUCGCACAGAUUGAAAACGGCGACGACGACAAGCCGGAUUUCUUCGGCCAGCUCAUGCGCAACCACGUCAGCGAAGAGAAGCGAUUAUCGCGCGCCGAAAUGGAUGCAAACGCCGUUACGUUUCUGACUGCCGGCAGCGAGACAACUGCUACAACACUAUCUGGAUUCACUUUUUUCAUCCUCCGACACCCAGAUGUUUAUGCCAAGAUAGUACAAGAAAUCCGCUCCGCAUUCACCUCUCUCGCAGACAUUAAUGCGGAAAAAGCCGCGCAGCUCCCUUAUCUCACCGCUUGCAUCCAGGAAACGCUGCGUAUAUAUCCCCCUGUCCCCACUGGUUUCCCGCGCGUUGCUCCACAAGGCGGAGGCAACAUCUCGGGACACUACAUUCCAGGAGGUACUUCGGUGUAUGUUAGUCAAUAUGCCAUGUACCAUUCCUCGCGCCAUUUCAAAGACCCAGACGCGUUUGUGCCGGAACGAUGGCUUGAGGGCGCGAAUGCAGAGUAUAGUGGGGAUAAAAAGGAGGGAUGGAAUCCGUUUAGUUUUGGACCGAGGAAUUGUAUUGGGAAGAAUCUCGCUUGGGCCGAACUCCGUCUUGUCAUUACUUGCGUCCUUUUCUCGUUUGAUCUUGAGCUUGUGGAUAAAGAGAGUGAUUGGAUGGCAGCACAGAAGGUGUUUACGCUUUGGAAGAAGCCGGGGCUGAUGAUUAGGUUGAAGGCUGUGAAGGAGUAG